AUGUCGACUCGUUCGGGUGUAAUAUCCACGCUGGUGGAGGUGGUCCGCAAGACGCUCAAUCUCGAUCCUCUAGUCGUGGUAAACUCCGGCCUGGUGGUGGUCGGUCUGAUCACCUCCCUCCGCUCCGCCGCUCAGGUCUUAUACACCUAUGCCGAAAAUGUGUGUUUAUCCACCGUCCAUGUGAGGGCCGAAGAUCCUCUCUAUGAAGAUGUCGUUCGUUGGAUGAACGACCAUGCCUUCCGAGGGCGCAAUUUCCUCUCGGUACUGGCUCAAACGAACAACAAUUCGGACGACAAACCCAUCCGGUGUGCAGGGCAAUUAGACCCGGAUAGGCUGAUCAGCUACCGAGAGGUAGAGGACAAUUCAUUUUUGGAAUUAAAGCCCUUUUGCGGAUCGCGGAUCUUUCGCUUUCAACGAACGUGGAUGCUGUUCAGCCAUGCAGCCAGUGGCCCGGGAUGUUUCGGCCCGCCCCAAUUGGACAUGAAUCCCCCACUGAAGCUGCAAUGUCUCAGUGUCUCCCUGGCUCCGAUCAGAAAGUUCCUCGACGAGGUUCGGGCAUACGGUCGGAAAGUCUCCGUCUCCAAUGUCACAAUCUACCGCACGACGUCCUUCUCGCCGGACCUGAUUCGGUGGAGCUCGGUUGCCUCGAGGUUAUCCAGAGACAUCUCCACGGUGAUCUUGGACAAGCACAAAAAGCAAACCAUCCUCCGGGAUAUUAAUGAGUACCUCCAUCCGCAGACGCGGCAAUGGUAUGCCAACCAUGGCAUUCCCUACAGACGGGGGUAUCUCUUUUCCGGGCCCCCGGGCACAGGAAAGACAAGCCUGGCCUCUGCGAUUGCGGGCGUCUUUGGCCUGAACAUUUACGUCUUGAGCUUGUUGGAUCCGACCAUGACGGAAUCCCAAUUUGCCCGCCUGUUCUCCGAGGUGCCUACACGGUGCGUGGUCCUCUUGGAGGACGUCGAUGCCGCAGGGUUGAACAGAGCGGACACAGAGGAUGAUUCCAUCCAAAGAUCAGCGAAGGCGAACACGUCGGUGUCUCUGUCGGGCCUGCUCAAUGCUAUCGAUGGCGUCUCAUCUCAAGAAGGCCGCAUUUUGAUCAUGACCACCAACGCGCCGCAGACGUUGGAUCGUGCGCUGAUUCGACCUGGUCGGGUGGAUGUCCAUAUCCGAUUUGAGCUUCCCUCCCACGAGGAGUUGCGAGAUCUCUUCUUGAGCAUGUAUAGUGAAGUGCACCAGAAUCAGCAGUUCUCCCCAGCAGAACAGAAGAUGGAGGCAGCCAAGUUGACUGAGCUGGCAGUCCGCUUUGCAGCAUGUCUACCAGAGAAGCAAUUCAGUAUUGCGGAAGUACAGGGCUUUCUUCUCCAGUAUAAGCGUCGGCCAGGAGAGGCCUGCUCGCAUGUCGAACAUUGGGUCGAAGAGAUGGAAUUUGAAAAAUAA